CCGUAACCAGGGCUCCCGGCGGCUUUCAUCGGAAACGACUCGACACCUGCAGAGCGGAGAGGGCUUUGCGUAGGGUCGAAAACGCGUUCGUUUUUUUAUUGGUAAAAAAAAAACGCCAUUUUAAGCAAAAGCAACGAAAAAAAAAGUAUUUCAAUUCCAGCCUCGGUGUUGUUGUUUUUUUUCCUUUUCACCGUCACGUCCAAUCCUUUAUUGAUUGCAUUCCUCUCUCCCUCUCCCUCCAGAUAAUGAGGUUUUAACACAGGACCUUGAUGCUAAAUAUAGACGCCGUAGAAAAUGGGACUCGGCCGGUUUUCUUUGACACCACAAUCCGUAUCAGACCGGAUUGCUAAUUUUACCGAACAACUGGGCUAGUUCAACAGAUAACCCUAAAAAAAAAAAAAAAAAACAACAACAGAAGAAGAUCUCCCGGACGAGGGCACACGGCAGUACCCGAUUAAAAGACAGCGGUUUCUGAUGUUCCAAAACGACUAGGCGCUAAAGAGCAGAGAGAGAAACCCCAUCUGCAGCCACGAUAAAAGAAUCCGAGGCAAGAUGGCCUUGGAGAACUCCACCUUCACUUCGCUUCCCGAAUCCCUCUCCCCACCCGGAACCCAGGAAGGGGUGGAGCCAAAGGAGGAGGUGGAGAAACCGGAGGGCGUGGUCUCUCCCAAAGCUGAGGAAGAGGGCGUGUUCUCCACGGACACGCCCCCCACGGCCUCCACCAAUAACAGGUCGUUCCAGUCCAAGCUGGCCGCCCGGGAGGCGGAGGCUGCCGCCAGGGAACACAGGAAGAGGAAGAGCCAGGUGGCGGGGGCUCUGGGAGAGCGAGGACGCUGUGGGUGGACGCGCAACAGGCGGAAGAGGCAGCGCUACGUGGAGAAGAAUGGCCGCUGCAACGUGCAGCACGGGAACGUGCGGGAGACCUACCGCUACCUGACCGACAUCUUCACCACGCUGGUGGACCUCAACUGGCGCUGCUCCCUCUUCGUCUUCGUCAUGGCCUACGCCGUCACCUGGCUCUUCUUCGGCGCCAUCUGGUACCUCAUCGCCUACUGCAGAGGAGACCUGGACCACCUGGAGGACGAGUCAUGGACCCCUUGCGUGAACAACGUCAACGGCUUCAUCUCUGCCUUCCUCUUCUCCAUCGAGACCGAGACGACCAUCGGCUACGGCCACCGGGUCAUCACCGACCAGUGCCCCGUGGGGACGAUCCUGCUCCUGCUGCAGGCCAUACUGGGCUCCAUGGUCAACGCCUUCAUGGUGGGCUGCAUGUUCGUGAAGAUCUCUCAGCCCAACAAGCGCGCCGAGACCCUGGUCUUCUCCAAGAACGCCGUCAUCUCCCUGCGGGACGACAAGCUGUGCCUGAUGUUCCGCGUGGGGGACCUGCGCAGCUCGCACAUCGUGGGCGCCAACAUCCGCGCCAAGCUCAUCAAAUCCAAGCAGACGCAGGAGGGAGAGUUUAUCCCCCUGGACCAGACGGAUAUCAGCGUGGGGUUCGAGACGGGAGAUGACAGGCUCUUCCUGGUCUCCCCGCUGGUCAUCUCCCAUGAGAUCGAUUCCCACUCUCCCUUCUGGGAUAUGUCCCAGGCCCAUCUGGAGAAGGACGACUUUGAGAUCGUGGUCAUCCUGGAAGGCAUGGUGGAAGCCACUGGAAUGACAUGUCAAGCUCGGAGCUCCUACUUGGCAGAAGAAGUCCUGUGGGGCCACCGUUUCAGCCCAAUGAUGUCACUGGCUGAAGGCUUCUUUGACGUGGACUAUGGAGCCUUCCAUCACACCUUCGAGGUAGACACGCCCACCUACUCUGCCCGGGAACUCUCAUUGGCUGCAGCCCGGCUGGAGGCCCACCUCUAUUGGUCCAUCUCCAGCCGAUUGGAUGAGCAGAAAUGGGAGGGGCCCAUCUUGAUGAGCAGCCUAACAAAAACCUCUGACAACGCUUCGACCAAUGGAAAGAAGCGUCUGGGGACCUUGACUGGCCUGCCGGGGGAAGGGCCAGAGGAGAAGGAGGGCCAAUCAGGGCAGGGGGAACGUAAUGGGAGCGUGGCUACGGACCAGUCAGAAUCAGAGGCCUAAGGAGAGGUGGUGGUGUGUAGAAAGAAACUGGAUUUCACUCACAAGAAGAGGCAGAAGUCUGUUUCGUGAUUCAAAUUGCAAAGGACAAGGAGCCAGAGUAGCCUAAGGGCCAAGCUGAAUUUAACAUACUCCAAUAAUAAGUAGAAAAUAAUAUGCGAUCAUCCUGUAUUUUCUAUAGCAUGUAAACCAGGUAGAUCUACAGUAGUGAACAAGAGGACUGGUGUGUUCAACAACAAUGGAAAAGAUGAGAACGGCAGUAUUUGAAGGCAGAAAGGCCAUAUUUAAAUCAUACAAACCAAUGCUGUUUUUUUAUCUAAAAUUAUCCACCAGAGAUACCAAAUCAGAACAGUACAGUCACUAGUUACAAAACCUCCUUAUGACCUCAUCCUUGCGUUCAUCCUUACACCUGCCUGUUGUUUCUGGUUUAGAAAUAUUGCUAACUUGCGCCAAUCCCUCAAAGUCAGGAAACAGACAAUCAGAAAUUGGUCCCGCUCUGGUGUGGAGAUUUAGAAGACGCUGAUAGAAGGGUGAACCAGUGAAGGUUAUUGGUUAGGAACUAAGUGUUCAGCCAUAUGAUCCAGACAUCGAGGGAUCAUUGACCCAGACCUCGACUUGUCAGUCGCUUGCUUUCUUUUUCGAGGCGUUGAUAAUCACUUUGUGGUUAUGAAGCCAAAGCUCUGCAUAGGAUCCAACUAAGAGAACAUAAGAAAGGGUACAAAUGAGAGUAAA